AUGGCGUCUUCCAGUAGUAGCACUAGCACACGACCACAAGUUCAACCGCAAACUCUUCACAUUCAGGCACAAGAUUCAAGCUUUACGAACACAACAACAGUUACAGGACAAGCUGUGAAAUGGAUUUUCCAAAUUCUUUUCUACUUGCAACUGUUCUUGAUUUCAGCCUUGGUCAUUUUCAUCACCAGGUAUUAUCGUACCUCAGACUCUUCAACAACCCACCAUUUCCACCCUCAUAAAUGGUACCCUCCACUUCUAGCAUCAACCCUGUGUGCAGGAAUUCUUGGCUUUACAUGGCAUUGUAUCAUUGCAUGUUACCCGAAAAGGGCAUUCAUCGCAGCAUUUUGGUUGAGUCCACUGUUAACAUUGGCAAUGGGAAUUCUGUUUAUGUUAAUCCAAUCUGCAUGGAGUUGGAUACCUGGUUUAUUUUCUUUGUUAUCUGCAGCGAUUCAAUCAUUGUAUGGAUUAUGGGUCAAUAACAAUAACAGAUUCAAAUAUGCAACCGAAAUGUUUCAAGAUGCCAUAUAUUUUCCUCUUCCUAAAGCCAAGUGUUUGACAUUCUUAUCGAUCAUCGUCGCUACUCUUUACUGCUGUUUUCUGGUGUAUGGAAUCGGAGGCGCAAGAGCUAUGGAAAACAAAACCAAACUAACAGAUAUUUGCAUCAUUGUAAUCAUUGUGAGCCUUGUAUGGACCAUGCAGGUUAUGAAGAAUGCAAUGCAAGUGACAAUUUCUAGGGUUAAGUAUAUCUUUUUUACCAAUAAUAGAGAAAUGAAGAUUGGAAAUGCAUUCUGCGACACAAUCAAACACUUAAUCGGAAGUGUUUCUCUAGGCUCCAUCCUCGUCCCGUUCAUCGUACUUUUCCGAGGCUUCGCGCGAUCACAACAUCUCCUCGGAGGUAAAAAUGGUGAGUGCAUGUUUUCAUGCGAUCCAUGUGCAAUGGGACUCGCAGCGCUUCUUGUGAGUUAUGGGAAUAGAUGGGGUUUUGUGCACGUUGGAGUUUAUAACAAAGGGUUUGUGCAAGCUUCUUGCGAUACUUGGGAGAUGUUCAUGAGUAGAGUCGGAUUACAAGAACUGAUAGAUUUGGAUCUCACUGGUGCAUUCUGUUUCCUGAGUGGUGUUGCAGUAGGUGCAAUCUGUUGUCUUGUGAGUGGAAUUUGGAGUCUGAUAGUGUACAAGGACUAUGCCAUGGAACUAUCCAUUUAUGCUUUCAUCAUAGGCUAUUUCAUUUGUAGGUUGGCAAUUGCAUGGCCACAGGCAUCUGUUUUAGCUUACUAUGUGGCAUAUGCCCAUAAUCCAGAGGACAUGCAAUUUGAGGAAACAAUAAAAGCACGGUUGGAGCAGCUUCGCGUAUCUCAUUUACAACGUCAAAAUACAGCUGAUACGGAGGAGAUUCGUAGAGCAUACUUACAAAGCCCCUGA